CGAACGGGAGACUGAAGCGCCAUAGAGUCGCAAGAGCUGAGUGUGUUGUGUGUGAACGUGAGUUUGUAGCGUACAAGUGACAAAUUGUUAAUACUUGAGUUUGAAACCAGUGUUUUUUUAUAAAUAAUUAAUAAUAAUAAUAAUAAUAAUAAAUAAAUAUAAAUAACUGAUAGAUCUAUGGAUAAUUUUAAUAAUCCACCACAAACGAUCGAUUAGAAACGAACGGAUUCUGGAACUGAGUGUCAUAAAAUUUUUUUUAAUCUGCGGAUUCUGGAGGUUUCAGUACGCGUAGAACAUCACAAUUGGCAGUUACAAUGUCGACUUUAUCGCUACGUAUUUCCAUUCCGGAAAAAAAUGCCACCAAGAUGAUGCAAUUUGAUCCGAGUACUUCGGUGUUUGAUGCAUGCCGGAUUAUAAGGGAGAAAUUGGCUGAAGCAACCAACAUGGGACAACCUAAAGACUACGGGCUAUUUUUGGCUGACGAAGACGCCAAGAAAGGAGUCUGGUUGGAACCAGGACGUAAUCUAGAUUAUUAUAUCCUCCGUAAUGGAGAUUUACUCGAGUACCGUCGUAAGCUACGGACUCUGCGUGUUCGUAUGUUGGAUGGUACUCUGAAAACUCUGCUGGUGGAUGACAGCCAGCCGGUGGCCAAUCUGAUGGUUGUCAUAUGCACCAAAAUCGGAAUAACUAAUCACGAUGAGUACUCGCUGGUGCGUGAGUAUCUAGAUGAUGAUUCGGAGAAUCAAAAGCCAGGUAACUUUGGCACGCUGACUCUUAAGCGGCGGAAAGAGGACAAAGGGGAACGGGACGCUAAGAUGGACCAAUUGAGAAAAAAGUUGAAGACAGAUGACGAAAUGAAUUGGGUUGAUCCCAGCAAAACGUUGCGCGAACAAGGAAUCGAUGAAACGGAAACUGUUUUAUUGAGACGUAAAUACUUUUUCUCAGAUCAAAAUAUCGACAGUCGCGAUCCAGUUCAAUUGUCGCUACUCUAUGUCCAAGCACGUGACGCUAUUCUUGACGGUACGCAUCCAGUUACACAAGAAAAGGCUUGUAUUUUUGCUGGUAUCCAAUGUCAAAUACAGUUCGGCGACCACAAAGAGGACAAACACAAGCCCGGAUUCUUGGAUCUGAAAGAAUUUUUACCGCAAUCGUAUGCUAAAGUCAAGGGAAUUGAAAAAAAAGUAUUUGCUGAGCACAAAAAACACAUCGGGUUAUCCGAAUUGGAUGCUAAAGUCCUCUAUACAAAGACCGCGAGAUCACUCAGCACGUAUGGCGUGACAUUUUUCCUGGUUAAAGAGAAAAUGGUAGGAAAAAAUAAGCUAGUGCCCCGUCUUUUGGGUGUCACGAAAGACUCGGUUCUGAGACUUGACGAAAGAACUAAAGAAAUUUUGAAAACUUGGCCUCUGACUACCGUAAGACGCUGGGGCGCCUCGCCAAAUACAUUCACGCUUGAUUUUGGUGACUAUUCCGACCAAUAUUACAGCGUUCAAACAACCGAAGCUGAACAGAUUCUACAACUUAUCGCCGGGUACAUCGACAUUAUUCUGAAGAAGCAAAAGGCCAAAGAUCAUUUCGGUAUCGAAGGCGACGAAGGCUCGACUAUGGUUGAAGACAGUGUCUCUCCAUUAAAAGCAACAAUAAUGCAACACGAGACGAACAACGUGGGAAAAGGAAGUGUUGAAGCUGUUUCAGUGGCUAUACCAGCAGUCAUGAGAGCUGGCGGUGACGGAGCGAGACCUUAUGGAACUGGACAUAUGGCGAGUGCUCAGUACACUACGAUCAGCGGACAAGUCAAUAUUGCACAUGCACCACCUAUGGUCCAGCAAACGAAAGUAACUUCGGUGCUAUCAGAACCUCAGCGUGCAUUAUUAUCAACAAUAACUGCGGGCCAUGAAAUAAUUCACAUCGCAGAAAGCGAAUUGACAUCAAAAGCUCAGCUGCCUGAAUUAGGGAACGAUCCGGCUUCAUUGAAAUGGAUUGCCCAGACGAUGGUGACUCACAAGCAGAAUGUCGGUACCCAGAUAGCGGAGAUGAAUGCUGCUACUGCACAAGUGGUAACAUUGACAUCCGGUUCCGCGGAAGAGGUAGACCAUACAGCAGUAGGGGAGGCAAUAUCGACGAUAGCUACUAACCUUCCAGAAAUGACAAAAGGUGUGAGAAUGAUAGCGGCUCUUAUGGAAGACGAUACUUCGGGUGAUCGUUUGCUUGAUGCUGCUCGUAAACUCUGCACUGCAUUUUCUGAUUUACUAAAAGCAACGGAACCGGAAACCAAGGAGCCGAGACAGAAUCUCCUGAAUGCUGCCUCACGUGUUGGAGAAGCAUCUCACCAAGUAUUGACGACAAUUGGCGAAGAAAACGAUUCGAAUCGAGAACUCCAGGAUACUCUAUUGGCUUUAGCAAAAGCCGUAGCAAACACUACAGCGGCUUUAGUCCUUAAAGCUCGCAAUAUUGCAGCUACGUGCGAAGACUCACAAACACAAAAUCGCGUAAUCUCAGCUGCAACUCAGUGUGCCUUAGCUACAUCUCAAUUGGUAGCUUGUGCUAAAGUUGUAGCGCCAACUCUGCAAUCACCUGCGUGCCAAACACAACUGAUGAAUGCUGUACGCGAGGUAACCAAAGCCGUAGAAAACUUAGUCGGUGUGUGCAAUGAAACUUGUAAUGACGACAAUCUCUUGAAAGAACUCAGUGCAGCUGCCACUGAGGUAAGUCGCACAUUAAAUGAUCUACUGAAUCACAUUCGCACGGCUACAAAAACUGGAGAACGUGCCAAAGAGACUAUUCAUGAAGGCGCUGUCGAGACAAUCAUCACUGCAACGGAAAAAUUGUUCUCAUCAAGUGGCGAUGCUGGGGAAAUGGUAAGACAGGCGAGAAUUGUUGGUCAAGCUACUGCUCAGUUGAUACAGAGCAUCAAGGGUGAGGCAGAACGACAAACCGAUACCGAGCAGCAGCGACGUCUUCUGGCAGCUGCUAAGACGCUGGCUGAUGCUACUGCCAAAAUGGUCGAAGCUGCAAGACAAUGCGCGAGUAGUCCCCAUGAUUCGCGGAUACAGGAUCAGCUGAAGAGCGCAGCAGAGGAAUUGAGAAUUGCCACUACAGCUGCUACAACUCCGACAUUGAGACGUAAAGUUGUCAAGAUGGAGGAAGUUAUUGUCGACAAAAAUCUGUUCGUUCGCGCUGCCCAAGCUAUUCACACUGGCUGUGAAAGUUUGGUCAGUCCAGCGAGUUCUAAACAACAGAUUCUAGAAGCCGCUACAAUGAUUGCUAAACAUACUAGCGCUCUCUGCAAUGCUUGUAGACACGCAUCCAGUCGAACUAAUGACCCAGUAGCCAAAAGACACUACGUCAAGUCUGCUAAGGACGUCGCCAAUUCCACGGCCAAUUUGGUCAAAGAAAUCAAAGCGCUUGAUCGUGAAUACUCCGAGACCAACCGUGAGAAAUGUUCAGAAGCUACAAAGCCUCUUCUGGAUGCCGUUGACAAUCUUUGUGCAUUCGCUGGUUGUACCGAGUACCUCAAGACAGUCACCCAUGUGCAAGAAACUAUCACUGGACCUGAAAAAGCGAUCAUAGACGGCGCAUGUGCGAUGGUCCAAGCAGCCAAAAGCCUACAAGCGAGUCCUAAAGAUGAGCCUACUUGGCAGCUGCUUGCUCACCACAGUAAAAAUGUCAGUGAGUCAAUAAAAACACUCGUUGCUUCCAUACGAGACAAGAGUCCGGGUCAUGAAGACUGUGAUAUCGCAAUUGAGAAAUUAGUCGCUAGGAUCAAGGAACUGGACAACGCGACUCUCAGCGCGGUGUCUCAGAAUCUUGUUCCUCGUAAAGAAAAUUCCCAAGAAGGGUUCAUUGAACUGAUGGAACAAUGCACUGAUGAGCUUAAAGAUAAACUAGAACCACUUCGUGUGGCUGCUAAAUAUGAAGCUGAAAAUAUUGGCUACGCUGCUCAACAGAUUGCUAGCUGCUGCGAACCCUUGGUCGCUGGAGCUAUUGGCGCUGCUUCAAAUAUGGUAAAUUCUAAGCAACAAACAGUCUUGCUGGAUCAAACUAAAACAGUCACCGAGACAGCUCUGCAGUUAGUCUGCGUAGCCAAAGAAACUGGUGGUAAUUCCGAGUCAGCAGCGCUGCAUGCUGAAGUUGAUGACAGCGUCGAGUCAACCAAAGACGCGAUAAGAGAACUACAGUGUACCUUGGAGACUAUUUCAACAUCUCAUGGCAUAGUGACUGGUUUGAUUGAGACAAUAUCACGUGCUAUGGUUCGUUUAGAUGAAACGAGAAUCUCAACAGACAGCGUCGAUUCUUACGUGGACUAUCAGACACGCAUGGUUGAGGCUGCCAAAGAAAUAGCACGAUUAGCACAAGAGAUGUCAACGAAAUCCAGCACUGACGCUGCACGUCUUGGCCCUCUGGCCGUAGACAUUUCUCACAAAUACACACAACUAGCACGUGACACUUCUGGAGCAUCAGCAGCAGCUGCCAAUGCUGAAGUGUCAGCUCGUUUGCGCAACGGUGUCCAAGAUCUAGGACGUGCUUGCGUAGACAUUGUUCGCGCAGCAGGAGUCUGUCAACUAUCACCAGGAGACUCAUACGCCCAACUAGAAGUAUCAAGCUACGGUAAAAUUGUUACCGAACGCGUGUCCCAGGUGCUUGCAGCUCUACAAGCUGGCUCACGUGGUACUCAAGCUUGCAUCAACGCUGCCAGUACUGUCUCUGGUAUAAUCGGUGAUCUUGACACCACAAUAAUGUUUGCAACCGCUGGAACCCUUCAUGCUGAGAACGAGGGUGACACUUUUGCUGAUCAUCGCGAGAAUAUCUUGAAAACUGCCAAAGCUCUGGUAGAAGACACCAAGACCCUAGUUGCCGGUGCAGCUUCUUCCCAAGAACAACUAGCAGUUGCUGCUCAGAAUGCCGUCUCAACGAUUGUCCAGCUUGCAGAAGUUGUUAAAUAUGGAGCUGCUAGUCUCGGCAGCCAGAAUGCCGAAGCACAGGUGAUGCUCAUCAACGCAGUACGCGAUGUUGCUUCGGCAUUGGGGGAUCUCAUUCACGCUACCAAAGCUGCUAGCGGUAAACCAAUCAACGAUCCCAGUAUGGCGCAUCUUAAAGACUCUGCUAAGGUGAUGGUAACCAACGUAACAUCACUGCUGAAAACUGUCAAGGCUGUUGAGGACGAACACACCCGAGGAACCCGAGCUCUGGAGUCGACAAUCGAAGCAAUUGGUCAAGAAAUCCGUGCCCUAAACACAACAGACUUUCAACGAGCAAACAUAACACCCGAAGAUCUAGUAAGAUGUACCAAGAGCAUCACAAUAUCAACAGCCAAAGCUGUGGCAGCUGGAAACAGCUGCAAACAAGAUGAUAUAAUAGCUGCGGCAAACAUGGGACGUAAAUCAAUAAGUGAUAUGCUGGUGAUUUGCAAAUCAGCUGCCUAUCAGUGUGCCGAGACAGCAGAUUUACGUGAUCGUACCCUUCAAGCAGGUCACGAUGUCGCAAUGAAUUACCGCGAACUAUUGCAAGCUAUUUUGCAAAUCGCAUCGAGAACUGGUGACGCAAAGCAUGCAUUGCCUUUGAUAUCACGUAAAAUAGCCCAAAGUGUUACGGAGUUAGUUGCCGUUGCUGAGUUACUCAAAGGAGCCGAUUGGGUUGACCCUGAUGACCCGACAGUUAUCGCUGAGAACGAACUACUUGGUGCUGCGGCCAGCAUUGAUGCCGCUGCUAAAAAGUUGGCCAGUUUACGACCACGGCGAAGCAUCCAGGAAACAAGCGAGGACAUGAACUUUGACGAGAUGAUUCUCGAAGCCGCGAAAUCAAUAGCCGCAGCAACUUCGGCUCUUAUAAAAGCCGCAAGUGCAGCCCAGCGCGAGCUAAUAACAACCGGCAAAGUAUCCCGAACACCUCUGACAUCUUCGGACGAUGGCCAGUGGUCCGAGGGAUUGAUUUCAGCAGCAAGACUAGUCGCCGCAGCAACUCACAGUCUUGUAGAAUCAGCGAACGCUCUGGUACAGGGCGUAAGUAGUGAAGAAAAACUUAUUUCCAGCGCCAAACAAGUGGCCAGCAGUACUGCUCAGCUGCUGGUAGCUUGCAAAGUAAAAGCAGAUCCAGACAGCGAGAGUACCAAGCGUCUUCAGGCUGCUGGAAAUGCGGUGAAGCGAGCUACUGAUAAUUUAGUACGCGCUGCUCAACAAGCUAUUCAACAAGAAGAAGAACGGUCAUUGGUUUUGAACAAACGCAUGGUCGGUGGUAUUGCCCAGGAAAUAAAUGCACGGUCAGAAGUACUGAGGAUUGAAAAAGAACUUGAAGAAGCACGUGGUCGUCUUACUGCAAUACGUCAAGCUAAAUAUAAAAAUAAACCAGACUAUUCAGAUACUGAAAAUGAUGCUGAUCAAAGUGGAUAUGAAAGUUAUUCAUCACGUUAUGAUUCAUCAUCACGUGUUGGUAAUCAUGAUCAAUCAGGACAUGCUCCAAAUCAUUCUAGCCCAGGGCAUGGUCCAAUUCAUGGUAGUCCAGGACAUGGUCCAAGUCAUGGUAGUCCAGGACAUGGUCCAGGUCAUGGUAGUCCAGGUCAUAGUUUAAAUAAUACUCCAGGUUAUAGUAGCCCAUACGGAUCAACUCAUUACAAUAAUUCAGGACAAAUAAGUCAACUAAUAAAUGACAGACAAAAUCUCGUAAGUCCUGAGAAAGUUAAUUCAACCCAAUCAACUCUCGAGCGUAAAAUGAAAGAUUCCUACAAAUCAGGAGCAGAAAGUCACUACGGUUCACUGGAUUCUCGGGGUAAAUACAGCGACUACUCGACAAUAAAUUCAUCUGUUGAUUCACCAGCACAGUACAGCUCUAUAGAACGUAAAAUAAAUCAAGAAUACUUAGAGGAUCGCAAACUGGGAUAUGAUUCAUCACCUCUCGAAGGCCCAUUUCCACCAGCAACCUCACAGAUAGCAACAGCUAAAUCCCCGAUGUUAUCGCGUAAAUUUAUUGACGCACCCUACAGUACCAAAUCUCCAGAUUAUUACGACACUGCGAACUCUGAGCGUUACUCAGGACACAUGAGUACUUUCAAAUCAGAUAAAUCACCCUCUCAUCUUGACAACAUGAGAUUCAAUUCGUAUCCCCAGCAGUCGAUCGCCCAGAGCCAGAGCUUUAAAAACAUUGAGAGCAAAGUCUUACCAGGUGGUAAAGUCGAGACCAUUACCACCAAAGUCUACACUUCGAGUCCCACUGGUCUUCCUAGUAAUUCCAGCAGCACAGGUCUAGGUCUAGGUCUAGGAAGUAAAACAACAUCAAAUUACGAAACGAUCGAACAACAAGAGUUCAAUUCUUCUGGCAAUGACAUGAUGUCAUUCAAAGGUAGUUAUGACAACGGUACCAUCGAACACAAGAGCACCAAGCAAUCAAUGACGCAAAAAAUAAUUGAAAAGAAAACAGUUACUAUGAAAAUGUCCAAGCAUCAAGAAUCUUCUACCAAAUCCUUUAGGUUUGAUGAUAAAUAAUGAUAAUGAUUUAUGUUUAAAUAAUUAAAUUAACGCACAAUAUUUAAAAUUGUUGGAGUUUUUAAAUUUUAGACUUACCCAUUGAUGUUCUAGAUGUUGACCAGUUUGAUGGUUUUUUUAAAUUAGACUAGAAGUGGCCUUAGAUUUUUAAAAAAUAACGAAUGUGCUUUCCGAAAUAGCCUUUAGCAACAAUUGCCUUUUAAUUGUAUAUUUUAAUAUAUGAAUUUAUAUAUAUAUAUAUUUAGAUAUUUAUGAUAUUGGAUGUCAAUUAAAUUUUUAGAAAAAAUAAAUUUUAAACGUUUAAGAGGCGUCAUUUUGAAACAGAUUUAAAUGAUACUGAGAGUAACAGACGUCUGAAUUUUUGAAUUUUUUUAAAAAUGAUAAGUUGUAAAAAAAAAAAAAUUUUGAAAAAUUGCACCUGUAGAUUUUUUUAUUUUCUACAUGCGCAUUUUUUUGGUUUUUUUUUUUUUUUUUUUUUGUAAUUAAUUUGUUGAAAAAAUUCAAAAAUUCUUGAUUAUCUGAUGAGUUUAUUAGUGCGAGCAGACAGACGAAUUUGAAAUUAUUAAUAAAUAGAGUAAAUAAUUAAUAAAAUUAAAUUUUGAAAAAAUGGGCAUUUGAAAAAUUUCAAAAUUAAUAAGUGCAUUUUUUUUAAAUAUUUUUUUUUUUAAUUAUUUACUCUAUUUAUUUAUAAUUUUAAAUUUGAUGUCUGCUACAUUCACACUCGUUCUGACUUCUCGAUCAUAAUUUUCAAAAUUAAUUAAAAAAAUUUUUAACCGGUAGUGAAACGACGUCAAUAAUUAAGGUUAUUAAUUUAAACAAACGGUCAAUAAAAAAGUCAAUUAUGAAAAAAAAAGAAAAAAAAAUUGUAACAAUGAAAAACUAGAAUUAAUAAAUAAACUAAGAAAUUAAAAUUAAACACUGACACUGUCACUGACACUGACACUGACAAUUAAUAAUUACGUUAAUUAUCUACUUGAUUAAUUACACUGAUUAGUACACAGAUCACCGAUUGACUUCGCAGCCGCCAUUGUUAUAAAAAAUAGCGCGGGACGGGAAUAGAAAAAAGGCGGGAAAAAAUAAUUAUUUGAAUUUUAAAAAUUCAUUUAUUUUUUAUAUUUAUAAUAAUUUAUAUUUAAAAAAGUUAUAUUACAUAUAAUUAAUGUUUUAAAUUAUCAACUUUUUUUUUUGCAAUUACUUUUUUUAUAUUUAAGUUCGUUAACGCGAGACAAUUAACAAGAGAAGCAACAUAUCAUUUAAUUUAAUAUUCAUUUUAUGUUAACCAUGAUUAAUAGCAGGAUUAAUUGCUUUAUGGUUUAUUUUAUUAAUUUUUUUUUUCUAUAAUUAUUAUUAUUAUUAUUAUUUGCUUAUUUCUCUUGUAACCCGGUUUUAUUUCUUACUAACAUACGUCUAAUAUUUUAUUAUUUAUAAUUUAAUUUGUAUUUCAUCGUUGCUCCUUGGAAGUAGAAUCUCAUUAAAUAUAUUUUUUUAAUAAAUAUAUGUUUAAUUUAAAAUUAAUUGAGUAUACCAGUGGUUAAAAAAAAUUAUUUAAAUAUUUAAAAUAAACCGCGGGAAAAUUUAAAAAUUUGAAUUUUAAAAUUAAACAAAAAAUUGUAAUAUCGAUAAAAAUCUUAUAAUUUCUAUAAGAUUUCACUGAUUAAUUCAUUUUUAAUGAAAAUAUUUUUUUAAAACGAAUUUAAAGCAUUUUUUUAUUAAAUUUUAAGACACAGGCUCAAAAAAAAAAAAAUAUUAAAAAUUUUUUUUUUAUUAUAAAAGAGUGCAAUUUUAAAUAUAUAUAUUUUUUUUUAUAUAUAAAUAAAAAUAAUCAAAAGGUCUCACCAAAUAUAUAAUUUUUUAAAAAUUGAUCUGCCAAAAAUUUAUAAAUUAUGCGAAUGAAAAAAAUAAAACGCACAGGAAUUGAAUUAUAAAAUAAAUAUAUAAUUAUAUUUAUUAAAAAAAAAAAAUUAAUAUUCGACUACGUGCCAUUGUGUCAAACUAAUUAUUUUAAAUAAAUGAACUGAUUAAAUAACAAAAUAUAUACGCAGUAAAAAUUAUUAAUUAUUAAUAAAUAUAUAACAAUUAUAUUUUUAACAUUUAUAUUAUUAUUAUUAUUAUGUUAAUAAUUAUUGUAAUACACCAGCCA